UCAGUAUCUAACAGAGCUGGGACUGCACACUUAUAUUGUACAUUCAUACAUAUUUUAACUACAUCAUGUCUGAUGAUCAGCUAUCUCCACCUAAUGGUGGGCUGACUCAUUCAUCUCAGGACCAUAUCCUAGCCCCUUCUGAAUUAUUGCAACAGAUGGUGUCUACAUCGGUCCAAUCCGCCCUAGCCUCCGCCAUGUCAUCUGUCAAUGACAGCAUAUCAAAGUCUGUUUCCAUGGCGUUGUCACGGCAACACCGGGAAGGGCCGGCCUCUUCAGAUACCCCCUUGGUCGCCUCCCACAUACAAUCCCAGGCUUCCAGCCUACUAAGACCCGGCAAGUCGGACCGGAAGAGACGCUAUUGCUCCGACUUAGAUACCCACCUUACCAAUACACCUACUAUUGGAGGUGGUUCUAAACUAACUAAGACCUCAGUGCCUCCUGAGGAUACCAAUGUGAGUGCUCAGAACCCCACGGAUGGGGAUGACAUGCCCGGUGGAACCUCUCGGUCCUCCAGGCGUAAUAAACCCGACUCUUUUGUUGAAGAUUCAGAUGGCACCUCAGACUCUGGGGAUGAUGAUUUGUAUGAGUUGGAGGACGAGGAUCUGGAAGGGAACGCGAGUCGUUCUCCUCCACAUGGCUCCGCUGACACAAACGCCCCCGGGGCGAUCUUGGAUUCCAUGGGAAUUCCAUUCUUCAGCCCGGAGAAUAUCAAACACCCCCGUUCGGGGGAGUGGUCGCCCAUGUCACAGGUGGCUGAUUAUGUUUCGGCUUGGCUGCGCAAAUCUUUAGAUGGUCGCAACCGCAAUAAACUGAGGGCGGAGUGUCCACGACCGUCACUGCCCAAUAAUGUCGCCAUGACGCCAGAGUUGGACCCCAUUCUGGUGCGCUAUCUGGUUAAGACCGGUAAAAACCCAAAAAAGGGUAUUGACAAAUCUUUCAAAACUGUUCAGGACAAAUUGUUGGAUGUCCUUGGGCCUAUGACUAAGAUUUUACAAUUGGCCGAACAUGCUGUCGCUUCAGGUGAAGUAAUUGAUGCUGACAUUUUACGGGGCUGGGCAUUACGAGCAGUUUGCUUGCUCGGCAAUGCAAACACUGCGGCGUCUACGGAACGCCGGAGAUCCAUCCUUAUGCGGCUGGAUCCCCAACUUACUCACCUGGCUACCGACGAACCUGGUCCGCCAGCGGACGGUUUACUAUUCGGGGAGGCCUUUCUUAAAAAUAUAAAUAAGUAUGUUGGCCUUUUCUCGGGCCUUGACAAAGCCCAAUCCUCUUUAAAAAAGGUGGGCGCUAACAAGGUUUUCCCCAGGGCUGGAAGGGGUAGGGGUCGCCCUUCCGGCCGUGCCACCAACUAUAGACCCUAUAACAGGGGCCACUACAUGCCUGACAGACAAUAUUACACACCAGUUCCCCAGCCACCACAGCCCUCAACUCCAUUCUUUCCGCCUAGAGGACGUCCGUGGAGAGCGAGGGGUGCCAGCCGCGGAUACCCAAGAUCCAGGGGCACAGGUGAGACUGCCUAUUCUGUCAUUAACAUGGGUUCCUGUGGGGGGCAGGCUGGGGUAUUUUUCCCGGACCUGGUCCCGGAUCACAUCCGACCCGUGGGUCUUGCAAACCGUAACCGGCUAUCAAAUAGAAUUUCUCUAUCCUCCGAUACAGACUUGUUGGCCGCCAGCGAUACACUUCGCGGACGCCGACAAGGCCCUGAUCCGCUCAGAAUUGAUGGAUCUGCAGUUGAAGCACGCCAUUCAGGAGGUGUCUUGGGACGCUCCGGGUUAUGUGAGCAAUAUUUUCUUGGUCAAAAAGUAGGACGGAGGUCACCGCCCGGUCAUAAACUUGAAACAUUUAAACGAGUACGUUUUGUAUCGCCACUUCAAGAUGGAGGGGAUACAUCUUCUCAGAGAUCUUUUGCUACCAGGAGACUGGUUGGCGAAGAUAGAUCUGAAAGACGCGUAUCUGACCGUGCCGAUACACCUUUCUUCCCGUCCAUAUCUUCAGUUCUGUUGGGAAGGUCGCAAAUGGGAAUUUGCAUGCCUCCCGUUCGGCCUUUCUUCAGCACCAUGGUGCUUCACCAAACUGCUGAGACCGGUCAUGGCUUUGCUCAGGAGCCGGGGGGUACGCCUGAUCGUCUAUCUCGACGAUAUUCUGAUCAUGGCGUCCACGUACGCGUUGGCCGUGCAGCAUGUCCAAUGGACGGCCACUCUGCUCUCGGAGUUGGGCUUUCUGCUCAACGAAGAGAAGUCGGUACUCACGCCGUCUCGACGGACGGAGUUCCUGGGGUUCGAGGUGGAUACCCACUUGGCCACCCUGAGUCUGCCCACGAGGAAACUGACUACGAUCCGCAAGGAGAUCCGGAAGCUUCUCCGUGCGGAGGUGGUCUCAUUGCGGGCGCUCGCUCGGGUGGUCGGUCUGCUGACAGCCUCCAUCCAGGCGAUCUUCCCUGCCCCCUUACACUACAGGGCGCUGCAGAGACUGAAGAUUCGGCACUUGAGGGAGGGUUUACCCUACUCAACCGAAGUGCCACUAUCCGCAGAAGCCAAGGGAGAACUCCUGUGGUGGCUACGUCAUGCCCAGGUUUGGAAUGGGAAGACAAUUUUCAAUUCCAAACCGGACUUAGUGAUAGAAUCAGACGCCAGCCUGCGGGGUUGGGGUGCCCGCUGCGGGGCAUCGACGUCCGGAGGCAAGUGGUCACCAUCAGAAAUGGGUUUGCACAUCAAUUGCCUGGAACUUCUCGCGGGCACCUUUGCCCUGAGGAGUUUCGCUUUCCACAGGUCGGAUUGUUGUAUCCUGCUGCGCAUGGACAAUGUAGCAGCCGUUCAAUACAUCAACCGCCUGGGAGGCACGAAAUCCAAGAUCCUCGCAGAUCUCGCGACGGUCCUUUGGCAAUUCUGCCUUCAGCGGAAUAUAUUGUUGACCGCGGAGUAUCUUCCUGGAAUUUCCAACGCCAUUGCGGACUGGAAUUCCAGGUACCUCACGGACUCCAGCGAUUGGAUGUUGGAACCAACGGUGUUCCGGGCGAUCCAUGCCCUGUGGGGACCAUUGAGUAUCGACUUAUUCGCAUCUCGUCUCAAUCGACAGCUGCCACGAUUUUUCAGUUGGCGACCGGAUCCGGACGCCAUGGCGACGGACGCGUUUCUUCAAGUGUGGCCACAGAGCACUCUGUACGCCUUCCCGCCAUUUGCCAUGAUCCCCAGAGUAUUAUGGCAGACGGUGUCCCAAAAAGCGACGCUGGUGUUGAUCACCCCCUGGUGGCCGACUCAGUCAUGGUUUCCCCAGGUCCUGGGGAUGGCCAUAGAUGUGCCGAGGUUGUGUCCGCCUCUACUCACGUUGCUUCGAGACCCCUCAGGGAAUCUUCAUCCCUUGACAUCGGACGAUCAGCUGCCGCUAUUGGCAUGGUUGAUUUCGGGACACCUUCGCUUGGGGGCCGCAUUUCGCAAUCGGCUUCUGACCUCAUCAAUGACGCUUGGGCUCCAGGUACCAGAUCGGCUUAUCGAUCAGCCUGGGGACUUUGGCUUCGUUGGUGCUCACGACGGGAUUUGGAUCCCGUACGUGCCCCUGUAGCGGAGGUCAUUAAUUACCUCUCGGAGUCUUUUGAGGCGGGGAAAGCUUAUCGCACGAUUAACGUUUAUCGCUCGGCUAUUUCCGCCUCCCAUGGGUUGGUGGAUGGCUUGUUGGUUGGACAACACCCUAUUGUCUGCCGUCUUAUGAGGGGGAUGCGGUUUAAGAGACCGCCUUCUUCGCGAUAUCUCACCACGUGGGAUGUUAGCAGUGUAUUACGCAUGUUUGAGACAUGGGAAGACAAUGACGACUUGUCUCUUAAACUCCUGUCGUUUAAAUUGACAAUGUUGUUAUGCCUGGUCUCCAUCAAGCGUGUGUCAGACGUACGGGCCCUGGAUAUUUCCAGGAAACAAUUUGUUCCCGACGGGGUUCGUUUUUCCAUUUGUCGUAGGACCAAAACCGAUCUACGUUCGGUUUUCUUCCCAUUUUUUCCGACGCGCCCGAAAUUGUGUGUCGUGCGAUGUCUUCGAUCUUAUGAGUUGAAGACAGCUACGCGUCGUCCGACGGGUUCGGCGCAGCUCCUCAUCUCCUAUUGUCCGCCAUAUUUACCGGUUUCCUCCCCGACAUUGGCUCGGUGGGUGAAAUUGACAAUGUCCUUAGCGGGUAUUGAUGUGUCACUAUUCACGGCUCACUCCACUAGGAGUGCGAUGUCGACCAAAGUCUUUCAGACGGGUGGCUCACUUUCGGAACUCUUGAGGGCGGCCGACUGGUCGUCCGAGGAUACAUUCCGUACGUUCUAUUUUAAACCUACUGUACAUGUGUCUAUGUCUGUAUUGUGAUGGAUUUAUGAUGCUUCUCUAUGUACUGUGCUUUGAACAUGCAUUCUGAUAUGAGCCUCCUGUCUGCAAUAAAAUUGAGGAUUUUCCUAGUAGAGUGACGGAAAAUAUUGAUUUUAUUAAGACAGGAGGCGAAUAUCAUCCCACCCGUUUCCCCUACCCGUUAUUAUUUAUAACCUUUGUUGUUUUCAGGAUAUUGAAGAAUGGUUCUGCCUUGCCACGGUUCUUUGUUGGGGUCAGCUGCGUGACCUAUCCGGUUGAUCGUUCCUGUUUGAAGAUUGACGUUCUGCGUUAUUGGUUCAAGAUCCUCCGUGUGGACGCCGUCGCGCGAGUUCUGCAGUUUCGAUGCUGGACUUAAUCACGGCAUAAAGAAAGAGGAGGAGGAGGGGCUGCAGCUUGGUUUUAUAGGGCAGUCUAUGCUUGGAUUGGUGGGAUGGAGGAGGGAGUUGCUAUGGUUACUAGGUGCUUGGACACCUGUG